GCCCCUCGCGCAACCCCCCUCGCCUACUCCAUCACACACACGACACAAUGCCGCCCAAGAACCAAGCAAACACGCCUCGCGGACGCGGACGCCCCAAGAAACUCGCGUCCCCGCCCGCAGCUCCGGCCGUCGACGCGUCGGCAACGCCCAAGAAACGCGGUCGCCCAUCAAAAGUCGACGCGCUGGAAGUCGCAGCUGAGUCGCCUCGCAAACGCGGUCGUCCUGCCAAAGUCACAGCUGAGGAAAGCGCGCCUGUGGUUGAAAAUACGCCCAAACGCGGUCGUCCCGCCAAAGCCACCGCAGCAGCACCUGCCGUCGACGAAGUUCCUGCUACCAACGAUGCAGCGCCCAAGAAGCGCGGACGUCCAGGAAAGGCGCAGACGCAAGCAGCAGCGGAACAAGUGCCCGUCACGCCUAAGAAGCGCGGUCGUCCGGCCAAGAAUGCUGCAACCCUUGAUCUAAACCGCGUCGCUGGCUCCCCGCGCGUCUCGAAGCGCACGUCGCCGCGCUCCAAGCCCGUGGCCAAACAGGCGAAGACCGCUGCCCCGCCGCCGCGCAUAAACCCGCGCCUGCGCUCCAAGCUGCGCACGCGUGUUCCUGCUGCUCAGAAGGUGGAGGCAGCGCCGCAGCCAGCAAAGAAGCGCGGCCGUCCGGCGAAAGUUGCGGAGCCUAAGAAGGCGGUUGCGAAUACGACUGCGCGCAAGGCAUUGGCAGUAAAGGCGAAGGCUGCGCCUGCCCCACGCAAGCGCCGCGGGUACACGGCCCUGGAAGUCCCGGAUAAGUUCUCCAAGCAGGUCAAGCUGUUCAUUCAGGGGUUAUACGACGCUGAGAUUCCCGAUGCUGCUGCUUCUGAGGAGGAAGGCGAGGCUGAGGUUGACGCGCCGGUCGAGGAAGAUGGGAAUGCCAUGGCUUCCAGCGAGCAGGAGGAAGAACUAGGCAGCCCCUCUCUCACCGCGGAGCAAGAUCAAGAGCAAAACGAAACUUCCGACGUCGACGGCGAUGAUGAUGAAGACAUCCAGGAGGAAAUCAUCCCCGCCGAACUUCUGCAGCCAGAUGACACCGAAGACGAUGUUUCAGAGGAGGAGCUUGGGGGCGAUGUGCUCUCUGCUCCGGAAGCGUCUUCUCCCGCGGUAGACGAGCAAGUCUUUGUCCAGGACGUCGUGGUCGAGGAAGUCGUUGUAAACAAGGGUGUGCCUUCUAGCGCUGCAUCACUCGCUUUCGACGGGGAUCUUGCAGGUGCACUGACGGGAGAUGCUAGACCGUCUGGGAUGUCGAUUUUCGCCUAGAGUUUGGGAUUCGGUUUCAAGGUACAAGGAGGUGGGAUUAUCUACUUCUUCGAGCAGGACGACUGGCGUUGAGAAAGUCCAGGAUGGAUCGAUUAGUCUCUGCGCUUUUCUUACAGCGUAGCUUUCGCGUCUAUGAUCUCGUCUUCUUUUCUGGAUGCGGAUAGAUCUACCGUCGCGCGACGUGGUGGCAUGUCGCGCUAUUUCAAGGCGUUUUUUGGGGCUUUGCUCGGGUGCCUUGAGCAAUGGGAGGGGUUAGUGCAUACAUAUUCGAAUUCAAAUCUACAUUUUUUUCUA